AUGAAUUCCACCGCCGGCUCGCGGCGGCGCACCACCACCACAACACCCCUAUUCAUCUUUUCAGCUCUCGUUCUCUUCCUUCUCGCCUCUCAGAUCCCAGGCGCCGCCGCGCGCGUCCGUGUGCUGAGCAACUACCGAUUUCCGAACCCCAAUCUCCGGCGGGCCUACAUUGCCCUUCAGGCGUUGAAGAACUCCAUCCACUCAGAUCCGCAGAACAUCACCCACAGCUGGAAUAGCUCCAAUGUGUGCUCCUACGAGGGUGUCUUCUGUGCUCCCUCGCCGGCGAAUAGAUCCCUCACGGUGGUCGCCGGAAUCGACCUGAACCACGCAGACAUCGCCGGCUCACUGCCGACGGAGCUCGGACUGCUCACGGAUCUGGCGUUGUUCCACCUCAAUUCCAACAGAUUCUGCGGCGUCGUCCCCAAAACCUUGGCCAGGCUCCGUCUACUAUUCGAGCUCGACCUUAGCAACAACCGAUUCGUGGGCGGUUUUCCGAGGGUGCUGCUGAAUCUGCCGUCGCUCAAGUUCCUGGAUCUCCGGUUCAACGAGUUCGAGGGCCCUGUGCCGCCGGAGGUCUUCGACAAGGACCUCGAUGCUGUUUUCCUGAACCACAACCGGUUCCAGUUCAGCCUGCCGCCAAACCUGGGCAACUCGCCGGUUUCGGUUUUGGUCCUGGCGAGCAAUAACUUUGGCGGUUGUAUCCCGGCCAGCAUUGGGAGGAUGGGCGGCACAUUGAACGAGCUGAUUCUGAUGAACGACAAUCUGACGGACUGCCUGACGCCGCAGAUUGGGAACCUGACUGAGCUGACGGUGUUGGACGUGAGCUUCAAUAGACUGAGGGGGCCGCUGCCGGGGGAGAUUCGGCGAAUGAGGAGGCUGGAGCAGCUGAACGUGGCGCACAACCGGCUGACGGGGGUGGUGCCGGGUGACAUUUGCCAGCUGCCGCGGCUGGAGAAUUUCACCUACUCGUACAACUACUUCACGGGGCAGGUCUCAGUGUGGUGGGGGUGGCGGAAGGAGCGUGAGGCGUGGGCCGAGAAGGAGGCCGCCGGUGGGGAGACCUCCGUCCCCAAGGCCGUCUCUGUCUCCUAG